GACAUCAAUGGCUAGUAAAAAGGUGUAGGGAAACAUCUUGAGGACUAAGUAUAGUCUGAAAUCACAAACCCGCAUUGAGCAAGCGUGGUCAUUAAUGCUUUAAUCCUUUUCCGUGAGACAGGUGGCCUGUGCCCAGCAGUGGGAUGAUAAAAAGGCUGUAACAUAUGUAUAAUAAUAAUUAUUUAAACCUAAAUCCAGUUUUCACAAAUAUCUCAAUUAAUUUUAUGCGUCGGUAGCUAGGUUAGCUUCCAGUUAUUACUUUUACUGAGAUCCUUUGACUCGAACACUGACAGUGACAGAUCAUGAGCAGUCAAUGUCAUCAUAACGUAAGUAUUAUUUGAGUGCCUACAUUGACCAGCUGAUUUCGAAUUUGUUUAAUUUAGUUAUUUUUUAAAACGUAGCUAACUGCGGCAAGUCUUGUGUAUAUGAGAUAUGUAGCAUAAGAAUACCUAGGUAUUUAUAGUUACACAAAGAUAUUACAGGGAUCCCAUCCAAUGCAAGUAAUGUGGAGCUGAAAGCUUGUAGGUUAUGGUUAUUUAAGAAUGUCGGUAUGGCAAAGCGAGGAACAGCGGUGCGGCGUGGUGCUGCGCGAGGUGUUCGCGUGGCUGGAGGGGCGCGAGCUGGCGCUGGCGGGAGCCGCGUGCCGCGCGUGGCGCCGCGCCGCCGCCGCGCCCGCGCUGUGGCGCCGCCUGCUCGCCGCGCCGCCCGGUACCCGCACGCACGCAUGCGCCCUACUUACACAAGCUUGUGUUAUUACUGUGUGGGUUUACACUCAACUUGAUUCAACUAACAUCCAAAAAGACUUCAUUGACAACAUGAACUACUGGCACUAUUGUAGAAAACGUGUUAUUUGUGAGUGUGCCCGCGCGCACGCGGGCUGGCGCGCGGGGCCGCGGCACCGCGCCGGCGCGCCGCUGCUGCACGCGGCGCUGGCGCCAGGCGGCGCGCUGCUGGCGCUGGCGGCCGCCGACGCGACGCUGCUGCUGUGGGCGGCGCGCGCCGGCGCCUGGGCCGAGGCCGGCCGCGCCGACCUGCGCGCGCGCGGCUGGGCGACCGUGGCGCGCUCGCAGUGGGCCACUGCGGGCCGCCUGCUGCUGACCGGCUCGCUCUCCCUCGUGUCCGACUGGGAGUUGUUGGUGCUUCACGUUGACGACGAUGGCGGUUGCGGGGCGGUGUACAGCCGCGUGCGGUGCAGCGCGGGCGCCGCGGGCUGCUGGGCUGACCCGGCGGGGGAAGCGUUUCUCUCGUUCGAGCUGCACCGCCUCGGAGCCGGUAUCUACUGCACUACAGUCUGGCUCAACGCUGCCACCCAGGAGACGGAAUCUGAAUAUGCAGGUGUAACUUCGCCCCUGCUAAGAAUCUUCAACGAAGAAGGCGCCCAUUUAACGCACGCGCUGGUGGUGCAGUCGGCCGAGCCGCUGUCGGUGGGCGAGCCUGCGGCCGAGCCCGCGGCCGAGCCCGCGGCCGAGGCGGGCGGGCGCGCCGCCUACCUGCGCGCCAUCGCGCCUCGCGCGGCGGACGAGGCGCGGGCGCGCGUGCUGGUGGCGGGCGCCGGGUGCCGGCUGGGCGCGUGGCCGGUGCGCGCGCCGCGGCCGCCGCCGCUGCAGGCGAGCGCGGGUGGCGGGCUGGCGGAGCGCGUGCGGCGGCAGCGCGAGCGCCGCGCCGCGCCGGAGCCGGACGCGCCGGAGCCGGACGAGGCGGCCGUGCGCGCCGGCUGCACGCCGCCCGCGCGCCUGGCGCGCCUGCACGCGCCGCUCGUCGGACUCGCCUUGCAAGAGCGCGGGCGGUGUAUGUGGGCGGUGAGCAGCGACGGCAGCGCGACGUGCGUGUCCGUGCCUGCGCUGCAGCUGCUGGCGCGCGUGCCGGGCAGUGCCGGCGCCGGCGACCUCCACUACGUGCAGCCCGCCGCCGCCGCCGGCCUCGUGGCGUGGCCGGCGGGCGGGCGCGCGGGCCGCGUGCACUGGGUGGCGGCGGCGGCGUGCGCGGGCGGCGCGCUGGCGCACGGCGCGGCGGCCGUGUGCUGCGUGCUGCUGCGCGACGGAGUGCUGCUGGUGCUGGCCGGCGACGAGCUCUACGAGUGGCGCAGCCGCGCGACGCCGCAGCUGGACGCGCGCGGGUGCUAGCUGCGUCACCGCUGCUCGUCGCCGCCGCUCGACAGACAGCUUCACUCACCGCAUUCAAAUGGCAGCAUUACUUGCUUUCAUUGGGUAUGGCAAAAUUAGUUAAUUUGUAGCAAAUAAAUGAGGAUUUUGGGUUUUCGUGUCGGGGGUUUGUUAUUUAUGUUUUGUAUUUUAUCCGAGUACCUACUUGAAGUACCUACUUGCCUAGUUUUCUUGGGAGUGGGAUGCGCGUUUAACAAGUUUAACUGGGGAAAACAAUUAAUUUUUAUUUACAUAAAUUUAAAUUUCUUGAUAUGUAAAUCACGAACCGCUUUGGGAAGUUUAUUGUAAAAGCGUAUACAUUGACCCAUGAACGAGUUGCUUACUCUGUGGAGGCGGGUAGCAUGUACAGCAAGAUUAUGUUUAUUCCUAGUAUUUAUGCUAUCAGACAUUUGAACAAAGUUAGAUAUGUUUUUACGAACGUACAUUUUUUCAAAAAUAUAUUGAGAGGCAACAGUCAGAAUAUUUAUUUCUUUGAAUUUCUCUCUGAGAGAAACUUUGGACCCAGGUUAUAAAUGGCUCGAACAGCUCUUUUCUGUAAAAUAAAUAUAGUCUCAACAUCCGCACAGUUUCCCCAAAGGAGGAUCCCAUACGUCAUUGAACUAUGAAAGUAACUAAAAUAAACUAUUCUGGCUGUGUCCACAUCGGUGAUUAGUUGGAUCUUUUUAAUAGCAUAGGCGGCUGAACUAAGCCUUCCUGACAGUUUAACAAUAUGUGGGCCCCAUUGGAGUUUGGAAUCAACGGUCAAACAAAGAAAUACCGUUGACUCAACAGGCUUCAACUCUACUCCAUUUAGUUGUACAUUGGUUGGUAACUGCCUUACGUUAGGCGUUGAGAAUUUUAACUUUUUUUAGAUUCAUUUAU